CUUGCGUAAAGAGUGCAGCUCCAGUUCAGGUAUUAAAAAGACUUUCUGGUCAUAAGUUACUGCAGCUACUGUUGGUUUAUAUUAUGAAUGCUGAUGGAGAGAAAGCAGCCAGAGCAGUUCGGCUCAUCUACUAAACUGGACGAUGCUAUCCAAAAGAGCAACAAAAUUGACAGGAAAAGAGCCAAAUCCCUGCCUGAAUCAUCAACAGUCAAGGAAAGUCACGGAUGUGGAAAGAGGGUCCAGUUUGCAGACACAAUGGGACUGAACUUGGCAAGUGUGCGACAUUUUGACAUCUCCGAUGAUGGGAAUGAAACAUGCACUGUAUUAUCUGGAUCCAAAGGUUGCCAUUCACAGCAUGUCAAUGAUUUUCGAUCAGCUCUGAAUUUCUCAUGUUUAGUUCCAGCUUUUAACCUGCCCAUUAGCUCUGAUGCAGUCGAUCUGAAGUCACGCCGACUGGGAGUUGCAUUGGAGAGCAUUACAACCAGAUCUAAUGUGGAAGGUCUUAUCAGAGUAAUGAGGGGCCACUCAACAAAAGAAGUUGGGGUCAGGUACACUUUAAAUAACUGGUUGACAUUUUCGGAUAUUCAAGCUGCACCCAGACUGGAUGAAGAACCUGUGCUGCAAUGGGAACAUUAUCACUUUGUUUUGCAGGCACCACCCUGCUCUGACCAAGAUUCGUCUGUGCAUUUCGCAGUGUACUGUCGGACUGAUCAUGGGGAAUACUGGGACAAUAACGAUGGCCAAAACUACACAUUAAAGAUUCAGAUCCCUUGAUGAAAUUGUGGUAUUUGACAAUUUGAUGGAAUGAUCAGUAAGGGGGUUUAAUAAACUGAAGCUAACUGUACCUGCAGAUAUAAUAAAAUCAUGAUUAUUUGUCUGUCUAUUAACUUAUUUUCAAUUCAGUGUAUUUAUUAAUUUUACUUAUUCAUUUUAGCUGACGCUUUUAUCCAAAGCGACUUACAAUUGCUAUAUAUGUCAGAGGUUGCACGCCUCUGGAGCAACUAGGGGUUAAGUGUCUUGCUCAAGAACACAAUGGUGUGUCACAGCGGAUUCGAACCCAGGUCUUUCACACCAAAGGCGUGUAUCUUAUCCACUACGCCAUCACCACCCCUAUAAUGAUAAUAUACUGUAUACGUUCAUCAAUAAUGUUGUUAUAUUUCCUUUACAAGUCUUACUCAAAAUUUUUCAUGCUAAAAACAUGAGCUCCAUUGGUUUAACACUACCAUUUAAAGGUUUAGGAUCACUUCACUGAAAUCUUUCUCAUUAGGCCUUUAUAUAUUAUGAUUGUGCUUCAUUCAUUAAAAGAAAAAGCUUUUGAAUUGGAUGAUUUUG